CAGAUGUUAAGCUAACGUGAGACAUGGCACCUUUAAAACAAAAUGCAAAAAGUAAAGGUCCAAUUAGAGGAAAAUGCUUUAAUAACAAAUUCGCACAUGGUGGUUUAUCACACCAAGCCAAAAGGAAAAGAAAAUGGGUUCCGGAGAACAAAGUUUUUGAUGGUAGUUUAAAAGAGGGUCAGGGGUUUGCUUUGAAAAGGAAGGAGAAAAUAAAACAUGAAUACAACAAACUUCUUCGAAUAGAGAGGAAAAAAAUGCAACCAUCAAAAAUCCAGUUAGAGGAGGAAUAUCCCGAGCAUCUGAGACAUCUAUACCUGGCGGAAAGAGAACGACUAGAUGAAGAAGAACAAGAAAAAAAGGAGAAAAGAUCUAAAGGGAGAGCAGUAGAUGAAGAGACAGAGGCAGACGAUGAACUAAAAACAGUGCUGGAUUCUCCUUUCACUGAGAAACACAUCUCAAACACGACGACUGACAAUACUACUGCCUCUGAUUCAGCUAAUGAACCAGCAGAGUCUGACAGCUCCCACAAGACUCCAUUCAUCCAAAGGAAGCAGAAGCAGAAAAUGUCAUCGUAUAAGAAGACAAAGCAAGAAUAUGAAAGGAUAAAGGAGGAACGUGCACGAAAAAGUGAGGAAUUCUUGAAAGACAAAGCUCAGCGAGAGGAGGCUCUGAAGAAAUACAAGGAGAAGAAGACGGCAACAUAUCAGUUGUUGAAAAGGAAAACCAAAAAGGGUCAGCCCAACCUUAACCUGCAUAUGGAGCUAUUGCUGCAAAAGAUUCAAGCUCAACGCAAAUAAUUCAGUAUCAUCCAUAAAAUUAGACUAAAGUUAAAAUGGACCAUUACACAAUAAACUGCAGUUUGAGUGAGGAGUUUUUGU